CCCCGAGAUCGCCCCGCCCCGGCUCCGCCCCCGGACGCGUCCCGGCCCGCCCCGCCAUCUGCGCUCGGUCGGCCGGCCUGGGAGCUUGGGGCUGCCGCGGACUCCGGGGGUCGGCGAGACCGUGGACCUGCAUGCGCCUGGCGACCGGGCUUCUUGGGCUUUGUGAGACCCCAGACGGGACACCUGCCCCCUCCAGAAUGAAAGUCUUCCUGCCUAUGCUGCUGGCUGCCCUCCUGGGAGUGGAUCGAGGUGUGAGGGAUGCUGGACAGCAUCCCAGGGCAUGAGACCGGGUCGCCAGCAUGUCCCCUCCGUCUGCAGCCCACUCCCUGGUGUGCUUCUCUUGCACGAAUCAGAACAGCAAUUUUUACUGCCUGAAACCGACCGUCUGCUCUGACUCGGACAACUACUGCGUGACCAUGUCUGCCGCCGCGGGCAUUGGGAACAUAGUGGACUUGGGCCACUCCUUGAACAAAGGCUGCUCCCCGAUCUGCCCUGGGCCCCCGAGUGUUAACCUUGGUGUGGCGUCCGUGGGCGUCCACUGCUGCCAGAGCUUCCUGUGCAACAUCAGCGCGGCCGACGGCGGGCUGCGGGCCAGCGCCACCAUGCUGGGCCUGGGGCUCCUGCUUAGUCUGCUGUCCGCUCUGCUGCGGCUUGGCCCCUGACCACUGGGGCCCUGUGCCCGGCCCAGACUCCCUAAGCUCAGGAAGGAAAGCCCAGCCCCUCCCAGACCCCAAGAGGAUAUCAGAGCCUCCUCCUCCAACUUGUCACCCUGCCUGAUGACACCCCCCUGGUCCCCACAGUCACGCCUGCCCCCUGCACCUACACCUGCCAGCUGCCCUCACUUCCGGGGUCAAUGAUGUGACCUUCCUCGGGAAACCUGGGAAGGGAUGAAGGUCCCCCUGGAGCCUGAGGGUCCUGGAGUCAGAACCGAGUCCCGGGGACCAUCCUGUCUGCCCCAGGUGGUGUGGAUGAUGCACUUCGUGCCACUGUGUCUCAGAAGAGGAAGUGUGCUUGGGUACACUCAGCUGUGUGGACAGGGGUGCAGUGUGCCCCUGCCCUGUGUGCAUGUGUGUGGCUGUGUCGGGCUGUGUUUGGAGGGGGUCGGGGUAAGGGUCAGGAGUCCGACAUUAGCAGCCCCGAGAGCUCCCACACCAGCACUCCUUUUCUCUGGCAUUUCAUACCCCACAUUUCACUCACUACGAGGGCAGUCUUUUGGGGGACAGAGGUUCCACUGCUUCCAGGUCUGGGCUGCUGGCCCCAGGAACCGGCUCCCAAUCCCAACUCCUGCUGCGGCCCCCACCCCUCCUCCACCCCAUGCUGGAGCCCUCCUGCUGCUUUGUGCCUCAAAUAAAAACAGAUGUUCCACCCCUCCC